UCCCAGCCUCCGUCGCACUUGAAGCCGUGGAUGAGUCAAGUGAUUUCGGCAGAGCACUCCGCAGAUCACCGGUGACAGCUUUGGACGUGUAUCGUAAUUGUUUGCUGAAACAAUCUAAUUUGUGUUUAAAUAUUUUUGUGUGGACCCUUCAGAUUAAGAUAUUCGGCGCUAAUGGCGCGCGGCCACUGAAUUAUAAUUUGUUGGCGCCUAAUUUUUUUCUUCCUGUGUUUCGCAGUGAAAAUGGAUACAAAGGAAAAUCUCACCGAAUGGAUGGAGCUGUUGAACGACAUGCUCCGAUUCCUGAAUGCAGCCACAUCCGCAGAAAUAUGCUUCAAGGAGGCAAUAAGCGAGAAUCAACAUCCACAUUGUGAUGGCUUGGACUGUGGGAAAACAUGUGACUGCUGUCUCUUAAACGAACCCAACUCUUUGGGGACCGACUACAUGAAUAUUGUCAGUAAACUAGAUGAAUCUCGCUAUACGUUGAUACACAAAUGUAAAACCUUUCUGAGAAAACUGAAAGAACGUUUGUCGCACGAGGAUGCCGAAGAGGAGGAAAACUCAUAUCUGGAGAUGAGCGGUGUGGGACAUAAAAAUGAUAUUAAUUUAACCCAACCGACAGAUAAGAUUGACUCUUGCGAAAUGUUCGAAGGCAACAUCGCCAUAGAUGGUCCCCCCGUCAUCAUCGCUGACGGCAAAUGCGAGGAGGAGCUGAAUAUGGAGGAGAAUUGUUAUGACUUUACAACCGAUAGAUGUCUAUACGAUGAUUGCACCAACAUGAAAUUGAAUAACGUUGCGAACGUAUAUCCAGUGGAAGAUGACAAUAGCAAAUGUCCUUACAGUGGAUUACCAGCUGCACACUUGCGUAUCAAGCAAUCCCCGAAAUAUGGGACACUGUUCAAGCAAGAGAAACGUUUGUUCUUCGAUCAGUCGAAAAAGUUCUUUGUUGGUUUGCUCGAUAAAUGGCUUUUGCUGUACAACAACUGCAACGACCUGAAACCAACGCAAUGCAUUCUGAUAAAGGACGUUAGGUUGGAUUUCAGCUUGAAUGAUCAAAUUAACGAAAAGAACCAGUUCUACAUUGUCGUUUCUGGCGACGACAGGAUUUGCUUUCUCUCACCCAGCUUUAAAGAGCUCAAUGAAUGGAUGGUUUCCAUUCAACAGAAUUUGCUCGCGAAAAGCGACAACGUGUCGUACAGUACUUCGCGAAAGUUACCGCUUCCACCGAUGCCAGACUAUUUGUGCACCGACGUGGGUGGAAAUUCAGGCGGAAACUAUCACGAGGAUGAUAUUUAUGAGGAACCACAACUUCUUAGCAAACAUAGCGAAAUUAUUAAGGACCUACACAAUUAUGAUACACCGAAAACUACCGCUGAUAUUUGCCACAACUUAAGUCAACAUCAUAUGAAAGCUAGUCCAAUUAAAAUAAUUAAUGAUGCUCCGAUUUCCCCGACCAGAGUAAACAAGUGUGAACCAAUUUGCCAUUCGGCAGGACCAACUGUUGCUAGCGUUCCCUCCCCGGCGACGCCAGUUAAAAGUUGGCUCUUUAAUCGUUUCAAUAAAUCACCCGAUGGCAACGACCAGAAGCAAACAAGAAAGCCUUCAAAGAAACUUUCCUUCCAGCAAAAUCCCCCUCCGGUGUCGGUGCCGACGACGACUACAACGGCAGUGAUCACGGGUGCCACUAGUUUGAAGCCAACUAUCGGAGUUCCAGAUGAGAAUUCAAAAGUGUCCCCGACGACCAAAGUUACAUGUGCGACGGUCCCUUCGGCAGCUAACAAGGGAACAAAAAUAAAUAUGAUAAUUAGCCAGCUAGAAGCGAAUGGUCAAUUGAGUUUGCUGUCGAAAAGUUUAAAUGAUCCCAACAAAAGGAAAUCUGUGUGUGUGGAAGAUUAAAGUAGUUUCGUGGAUAUAGACGUUAAUCUAAUUAUAAUGUGUUUAUGUUCGAGAGUGGCUCUGGAAAAUAUACCAAAAUCAUGAAAUAGUGUUCUUAGAAAAUUAUCCAGGCUUCGAUCAAAAUACACCCUUUGCAAAUUGAAAAAAUUCAUUUAUUUAUUCACCAGCUGACCCGGCAAACUCCGCCCCAAAAUGGAUUCUGACGUAGGACUAUGUCUUUGAUUUCUAGAUAGGGGGUCACUCUACGAAAAAUGUAACGUUAAGAGUUUUCAAAUGCAUAUUACUCAGAAUCGUUCUUACGAUAUAUGUCUGAAA